CCGCACACAAGAGAAAGGGUUAAACCGGCGACCUGCAACAAAGUAAAAGAAAGAAAUAGAGAAAAGAAAACAGAGCGAGAGAAGUAAGGGAGAGGAAAAGACAAUGAACGUCGCCAGAGUGUAUGUAGUUGCUAGUCGGCCGGAAUAGUUCGACGGAGGGAGGAAUUCACCGGACUGAAGUCACUGAACCGUCUCCUCUGAACACCGCCGGGCUAUUUCCUUGGAGAGGAAGCGCCGCCUUGAUUUGCUGUCACCAAACGAACUGCUGCCGAUGAACGACACCGGAAUCUCCGUCAGACUAGUUCGCGCCGGAGGACAACCCAAGUCGUUGCCGCCGGACAACAGUGCUGCUCACGAACCGGAGGAAAAGGAAGUUGCCGGAGGAAGAGAGAAGCCGAAGUUGCUGCCACCGAACCGCAAACGCCAUCGCUGUGUCUCCGCUGCCUUGCCAGAGCGUCUGUCGCUAUCGGGAGAAGAUUUCAGAGCCGGACUCUGUCUUCUUCUUUUUUUCGCCGGUACGAAGGAGAUGACAAGGUGAAUUUGAAGAAGAUCGAGAUAGGAGUUUCGGUUAGGAGUUAUCGCGAUUUGAGGUGCUGAGUUGAUCAUGUUGAAGUUGAUUUCGAAAGAGAGUUUCCGCUUGAGAAAAUGUAAUUAGUAGAUAACAUUGUAGUUUAAUUUUGUUUUCAACACUUAUUGAGUUUAAUCGUUUUUGUAGGAUUAGCGUGUGCACUCGGUUAGAUUAGAGCCAAGUGUGGCGGUAACACUCCUAUUUCCCUUUUGAUUUUCCACUGCACAACUCUGAUGUUUUCAAAUAAAGUUAAUAAAUAAUGUUUUAUUUAAAGGUAUUUUUUAGUGGGAAAUUUGGGGGUGUUACAUUUCUACUCUGACCCAUGGGUCUGACCUGGUCGAGGCAGGUCAUCUGGAGACUCUCAAGUUACAGAUCACUCAACAACCCCUUUACCCUUCCAUCUUUUCCGAUUUAGUAUAUGUCAUCUGAUUUUCUAUGCUACUGUUUGUAGGCCGAAGUAUACUACCAUCGGGUCUUCCUGGCUGCUGAGUAGGAGAUGAAGCGUAUAGCCAGUGAUCGGGAAGAUAUUCAGGUCCUCCUUUCCGCCGCUCGGAAACUAGUUGCAGACUUGCAAGUUCGUGUUGAUCAGGGUGAGAAAGCGAAGGUUGAUCUGGCUGAGAUGGAGGAGAGGGCCAGACGUCGAGACAGAGAGAUUAGGGAUCUCAGAGCCAAGGUGAAAGCGGUUGAAUCCGCUGGGAUGCGGUUUGAUAAAUCAGAGGGAGGAAAUUCUCUCGAGCCUUAUACUGCCAAUACCUCCAAGAUCACCCAACAAGUCGUGAUAGAAUAUCAGCGGGGAAAAGGGCUGAAUAUCGCUUUGGAAAAUACCGCUCAGCAGUUCUUGGGACCUCACCUUGGUCAGUUCCUUCGUGAGAACAAGGAUCCAAUCAAGGCAGGGAUCGAGCUUCUAGAUAGCACGCCUGAAGGGAAAUCUUUCUUGGAUGUCCUGACGGAGACAAUUGUGAAGCAAAGUCAAGAUCUGCUUCUAGAUAGGAAUUUCGACUUGAUCAUGGAACACUUCCCCAAACCAUUUGAUCCUGAUGAGUUGGGGUUUGAUGACUUGUUCGGGAAUACUUAUGAUCGGAUCAUGGAGAUGAGACAGAAAGCAGCUUCUGAUGAUGCAACACAGGCAGACAACUCCCAACCUUGUUCCUCCCCGAGCGGCGAUCAUCA